AUGGCUGAGAAUUGGCUUCGACAGAUAGAGAAAAUGCUAGACACCAUGGGCAUCACCGAGGCCACUGAUAGAAUAGCUUUGGCAACAUUCGAGCUUGAUGAUGAGGCUGACCAUUGGUGGGAGUUAAUGAAAAACACUCGUGACAUGGCAAGCCUAUCAUGGAACCAAUUCAAGGAACUAUUCUUAAGUAAAUAUUUCCCAAGUACUAUCCGUCGAGGACGAGUCAAGGAAUUCCAGAACCUGGAACAAGGAAAUAUGACCGUGACCCAGUAUGCUGCAAAAUUCGAAGAGCUACCCCGCUAUGCAACUAGACUCUUGGCAAAUGAUGAAGAAAAAGCAAGGAUGUUCGAGUGGGGACUGGAUCUUACAAUCAGGGGAAGAGUCCUUCCGCAACGACUCCCCUCAUAUGCCGAGGUGUUGGAGAUGGCAUUAGAAUCUGAAAGGGAAGUGAACAAUGCCAGAAAGGCUUGGAACAAGAGAAGAGAAAGUCAGGCGACUAUUGGAUCCCAGAGGAACCAGAAGGGAAGCAUGACCUCAAAGCCCUACUGCAGACCAUAA